AUGAGGCAAGAUUUUGAUAGUGUCAUAAAUAUAAAUGUUGAUAUUCCAGAAAGUAGGAUCCAAAGGAAGUCUGUGAGCAGGAUAUUUGGGGGACUCGUCUGGAUUUUGGUCGCCUCUUCCAACGUUCCUCUACCUCUGCUACAAGGAUGGGUCAUGUUUGUGUCCGUGAUGGCAUUUUUUUUUUCCCUCCUCUUCCUGGGCAUGUUCCUUUCUGGCAUGGUGACCCAGAUUAAUGCCAACUGGAACUUCCUGGAUUUUGCCUACCACUUUACCAUGUUUGUCUUCUACUUCGGAGCCUUUUUAUUGGAAGCAGCAGCCACAUCCCUGCACGAUCUGCAUUGUAAUACAACCUUGACAGUAGAGCCACUUCUGACUGACAACCAGUAUAACAUAAACGUGGCAGCCACAAUAUUUGCCUUCGUGACGACAGCUUGUUAUGGUUGCAGCUUGGGUCUGGCUUUACGAAGAUGGCGACCGUAA